AUGUCGGAUUAUCUCGGAUGGAGUGAACGACAACCACCAGUAGGUACAAAAACUUCCCAAUUUAAGGAGGACUUUAUACAGGGUGGGCCGGUCACUCAUAGCUACGAAAAGUACGUGAAGAAUAUUUUCCAUCCUAUGAACCGAAUGAAGAGGGACACUUCACAAAUGAUAGCAGACAAUGGGUUGUCGGCUUCAAGUAUGCUGAAAAUGGAGCGUACCCUUGGUCGCUACGCCAUCGACGAUUCACUUGAUGUUAUCGACGACGACAAUCAUGUGUUUAUGAAGAGUCCACUGGAUUCGUUAUACUCCGAACUAGGCGUGAAAAGUCCAGAGGUCAGUCAUGAACAUUAUCGACAGUAUACUGUCUAUAUUCCGAAGCAAUCCAGUGAAUACUUUGCGAUUUCUCAUGGAGGAUAUCGUCGACCUGAGAGAUCUCAAGUGAGAAUUGCUAUUUGCACCCGUUCUUUCCUCCUUGCUUAUUAUUUUUCAUGGCAUCGAUCCAAGCUUAGAUACUUUUUCCAGAGUUCCUGGUGCUAUUCGUCAUUUCGUGAAAGAGGCGAUGAGGAAUACGCAAAAAGUAAUCACAAAACUCUCAUCGACUAUAAGGAGUUCGAUAGCUCACCGCUAUCGCCAUAUCUCUAUCGUGAUCAUCCAUACGUCAGAACGCAGGAUACACGAAUCCUUGGAUCGAAUUUUGUACAGUUGACAUCUCGGCCCAAAGAUCGCUUUCUGGAGAAGAUUGAUCAGACAUUGGCAGAAGUACGAGCGAUGCCCAGAUACGAUUAA